UUUUAUCCAAUGAGAGCGAAGCGCAGCAGAUUUGAUCCUCGGCUAAACCACUUUUGUUUGAGCUCUCGUCUUAGUGACAGCACGGUUGAUUCGGACUAUUUACCCAAACUAUAUGCAUUUUUCCUUCUCUAAAACAAGUCACCGGACUAAAGAAGAAAGUUUUAUACCAUAAGCAGAACACGGAGCAGCGGCUGCAGAGCUUUGUUUUUAGGAAGAUACCGUCAGGGAGUGAGCCAUGCCUUUUCCAAGGGGAAGGAAACCCACAGCGACCGCUGGCAGCAAAAUACCCAAACUGAAUGCAACAGCGUCCGAGAACCAGGAGGAAGCCACACAGGCUAAGAGGUCCUCCUCCCCUCCUCGUGGAGCUCCCAAGAAGAGGACUGCUUUCAUCGAUAUCACCAAUGCUCAUAAGGUACAGAUCAGCUUUCCUGGGAAGAAGAAGGAACCAGGGAAGAAGACUGUAAAGAAAACCAGCUCCACCUCAGUGUCUGCAAGCAACCUAGCUAACCUGAAAAAGUCGUCGUCUGUGAGCUCAGAGGGAACGAUAUCCGAGCGAGAGAGGACCGAUACGGAGGAGGAGGAGAAGGAAGAGGACAAGUCGGCCGAUGUGGCAGCUCCUGUAGAGGAGCUGGCUGCUGCUACGUCCCCUGCUGCCCGUGAAGUGCCGGCACACCUUCGGAGACAAGAAAUCCCAAAGGAGUUUGACAUUGACUCUGAGAAUUCUGAGGACUGCUACAUGUGUCCAGAGUAUGCAAAGGACAUUUUUGACUACCUUAAAAACAGAGAGGAGAAGUUUGUCCUCUGUAACUACAUGCCCACGCAGCCCAGCCUGAACUCAGAGAUGAGGGCCAUCCUGAUUGACUGGCUGGUCGAAGUACAGGAGAAUUUCGAGCUGUACCAUGAGACCCUCUACCUGGCGGUAAAGAUGACGGACCACUACUUGGCUAAAACCCCGGUCCACAGGGAGAUGCUGCAGCUCGUUGGCUCUACCGCCAUGCUCAUAGCCUCCAAAUUUGAGGAGCACAGCCCACCUUGCGUUGACGACUUCUUGUACAUUUGCGACGACGCGUACAAAAAGGAGGAGCUCAUCUCCAUGGAGGCCAGCAUCCUGCAGACGCUGUCUUUUGACAUCAGCAUCCCCAUCCCGUAUCGGUUCCUCAGACGCUAUGCCAAGUGUGUGAGCGCCAGCAUGGACACGCUGACUCUGGCUCGCUACUACUGCGAGAUGAGUCUCAUGGAGAUGGACCUGGUUCCAGAGAGAGGCUCGUUGGUGGCUUCGGCCUGCCUGCUGAUGGCGCUGGUCACCAAAGACCUGGGAGGAUGGUCUCCCAUCCUGCAGUUUCACUCGGGCUAUCAGGCGUCAGAUUUGGCGCCCGUUGUCAGGAGAAUCUACUCGAUGCUCUCAGCACCUCCUGAUGAUAAACUGAGAGCCAUCAAGAACAAAUACUCACAUAAGGUGUUUUUUGAAGUUGCGUCUCUGCCAUUGGUCAGUAUCGACAUUUUGGAGAAAGCCUUGAGCUCUUAGUGACGUGUCCGGUCCAGAAGGGGGGAAAAUGAAGCCUAAGAUGAGUGAAAAUAUUUUUCAAAUUUCCCUCAAGAGGAAACAUGUAUAUAAAAUGUGAAUAUGUUUAAUAUUUAUGUGUUGUGUAGUCUGUCCUUUAUACCAUAAUAUUAUAAUAAUUAUAAUAAGACUUUAAUUCCCUUUUAAUGUGGGCAUUUGUUUUCAAGACAUUAAUUACCUUUGAGAAAACUCUAGCAGGUCUUUUAUACAUUUUUAAAGAUUAGGGGAAAAAAACAUCCUGAUUAUUAAUAUGUAAGUGUGUGUGUGUGUGUGUGUGUCACUGGAUUUAAAGUGUGUUUGUAAAUCUUACUUUCCAAGACGUAUUAUGCACAGGCCCACAAGUUCUGUAUGUUACCAUGUUCUUCAAGUUAAAGUAUGCGUGUGUUUGUGUUCAUACAUUGUACAGUGUUCAUCAUGUUACUAUUGCUAUGCAAAUUAUUUGUAUAAAAGACGACCAGACAAUGCCAUACUACUUUUAAGUGGCUGUCAUAUGUACUGUUAAAAUAAAGAAGUGUUUCUGUUUUGCUUUUAA